UACAGUGCCGUAGAUACCAGUCCAGUCAGCAAUUAUAUAUGUCAUCCAUUUUGGAACUGGGCUGUUCAGUUUGUUCCACUAUGGGUCGCCCCCAACCUGCUCACCUUCACUGGCUUCAUGAUGUUGCUGGUCAACUUUGCCGUGAUGACGUACUACGACCCACAUUUCUUUGCCGCGAGUCGAGACUAUCCGGAAUACGCCCCAGUCCCCAACUGGGUUUGGCUCGUUGGUGCAAUCAACAAUUUUCUCUCGCACACGCUAGAUGGAAUUGACGGCAAGCAAGCUCGCAGGACAAAGUCAUCGUCCCCUCUCGGGGAGCUGUUUGACCACGGCCUGGACAGCUGGGCCACCCUGUUCAUCCCCGUGGCCGUCUACGGGAUCUUUGGCCGGGGUGAGCACGGGGUCAACGCGUUCCGCGUGUACCUGUGUGUCGUGGGCAUCAUGGUGUGUUUCGUCAUCAGCCACUGGGAGAAGUACAACACAGGUGUCCUCUUUUUGCCCUGGGGAUACGACAUUGGCCAGAUAUCGAUGACCAUUGUGUAUUUAAUUACGUUUGUUGGUGGCCAUGACAUCUGGAAGUUCACAUUGCCAAUAGUGAAUUGGUCGCCCGCAGAAUUGUUCGAAAUUAGUCUAUAUGCGGGCUUCUUCGGACUGACUUUUCCUCCAACAUUCUACAAUGUAUACAGAUCCUACCGCGAUAAGACGGGCAAGAUGCAUUCCUUUUCUGAAGCCAUGCGGCCCCUUGUGUCCACGAUGGUGCUUUUCUCGCUGCUGGUCACCUGGGGGGUUAUCUCCUCCUGCAACAUCGUCGAGCUGCAGCCGCGCCUCUACUACUGGACCACGGGCACCGCCUUCUCCCAUAUAGCAUGCCAUCUCAUCAUAGCGCAGAUGAGCAGCACACGCUGCGAGCUGCUGAACCGCUCAGUAUUCCCGCUGUUCACCAUCGUGCUGCUGGUGGCCGUGUUGCAGCUCGGGGAGACGGAGGUGUACCUUCUGUGGGCCUACUGCCUCUACAUCACCGGCCUGCAUGUCAUGUUUGGUGUCGGCGUGGUGAAAGAGAUGUGCCAGCACUUCAAGAUCAAAGCUUUUUCCAUACCAAAAGUUCAAGUGUAGAAAGCUAGUCUUAUGCGAGUGCUGCGUGCGAGAGAAGCUGUGAGCGCCAAGCUGGACAGAUGCUGGCGCGACGGGUGAUGCUGUUUUUAUAAAAUAUACUUAAUGUACACCAAGCGAUGAAACUAUUGAUACUGUGUUAUGCACGUUUGCUUUUCUUGUUCGUUCAAAAAUGUCAUGUUCCCUUUUGAGAAGAGAUUUCUGUAGUGAAUUUUUUUUACUAUGUGCUUUUUUUUAGACUGUUCCAAGUCAGCGUUGAUGAACCGAACCUGCAGCUGAUGUUCUGUCACGACGAGAUUGGGGGUGUUGGGGAAUUUCACGUAGAGACAGUUAAGUAGAGACGGUACUCUAACCUUUGAGUCAUGCUCGACCCCAGUAAUGUGGCAGAUAGUGUACUCUAAACCUUUGAGUCAUGCUCGACCCCUGUAAUGUGCUCCACGUCCGUUUGUUUAGUCUCGCAGAAGAUUUCGAGAUCGUUAAAUGGCAAUAGUGAUAUUUUAUGUGGGCCAGUGCCGAAUGCUUCGAGUUUAAUAUCGUGAGCGGGUGCGUAAUAUGGUGUGUCAGAUGAAAUGGAUGGGUUUGUCGGGCGAUCAGCGUAAUCCCACACAUUACUUUUUUUUACUAUUGCCAAGCGCGUCUUAUCAGAGGCCUGUGGCAUGGAGAGUGUUGCAUCAUAGUGUGCUUUUGGAUUUUUUUGGUAGGAACUGGGACAGAAAAAUGGGCUGUGGUUUGCUUGUUUAAUGCCAAACUGUGCAGUUGAUGUGCUCACAGUUUUGUUUUAAAUGUGGAGUUAAAAAAACAAAAACAAACAGUAGGUUUCGAACCUGUUCCCGAAGAACUGGUACUCAGUUGGGUGCUUUGUUACACCGUGCUGCGCUUAGAGUGAACAGAAAAGAUGCCGUUGAAUGUAGACGCUAAAACAAAAAGACACUGUGUGCGUUUGUGUCUGGCGUUGUUUGCGUGCGUCUAUUUCCGAAGCAAAAAAAACAAAACAAAACUUGUUGUGAUACCAAUGUCCGUUCUCUUUGCUGCCAUGAUGAAGAUGUUGAGAAUUCCACGUGACAUAAAGGGUUGUUUUGGCUCUUUUUGAAAACAUGCAUGAUUUGCUCAUUUCAUACGUAUAUUUUAUAUUCUUUUAAAAAAGAUUUAUUUAAACUUUCAUAGUGGUAACACGCCUCACCUCAUAAUAAUAUGCUCAUCGUUCCAGUGUGUGAGUAGUUUAGAGAUUAGCACAUGACAUGUAAAUAAUUAUUUAUUGCUGUUGACACAUGGACACGCUUGUACAUUUCGCUCGCUUGCCCUUAAUGUUAUGUACUCAAGCAUGAGGUCACAUGAUACCGGCUAAAUGUUUGUGUGCAGUUGCUGUAUUUGUGCCCUGAAUAAAUGUCUUGUGGCCUGUCAAAA